CCCAUAAUCUAUAUGUUUGUUUAACUAUUGGAUUAUUUGCGCUAGAUUAUAUAAUCUGGAGAGAUUAUAAUCUAAAACAAACAAGGCCUGUAGUCUUUGUGAAUAAUCUACAUUUGUAUAAUCUAAACUACCAAACAACUAUAUGUAGAUUAUAAUAUAUCUAGAUUAUAAUCUGGAUUAUAUAAUUUAGAUUAUAAUCUAGAUUAUAUAAUCUAUAAGCUGAAACAAACAGACCCUUAGUCACUCAUAAUAUCCUGUCAAUACAAUGCUCAGUCAGGUACACAAAUUUCAGUUGAUGUGUGUUCCUGAAAACUUUUUUUUGGCUGAAAACGACCCCCCCUCCUCGAGUUUUAUUUCAAUCAUCAUGGACUGUUAGAAUCACGGUAAUCAAUCCAAAUGAUACUUUCAUAGCGUUUUGUUCCAUUCUUAUGAAUAUAUAUAUUUACUUUAUCGCUGAAAAAAGUGAAGUAGUAGUCACCAAAACGUGUUUGAGAACACACUAGAAACCAAAACCAAAAGCCCCAUCAGCUAUCCGUGUCUGCCCUGAUCACGCAACCUAAUCUAACUAGAUUCCGUAACGUGUACUCAACCUGGCUGAGACUUCUCACACGCGCAGAGGAUGAUGCAGCGAGGGACAAGGCAAGUCGAAACGGCAGUACCGAAUUGGAAGAGAGGAAGUCCGGCACGUCCGACGGGGCGGCGGAGGCUGAGACCCUGAGGCGCGCCGCGGCGCCGCGGCGACGGGACCGUGGGCCUGGGUGUCUGUUGUCCUCCAGCAGCAGCAGCCGACGCGGGUUGGCGCUGGCCUUGGCGGGAGCGCGAUCGGCUUCGUGUUUGCAGCAGCGGACGAUGCCAUUGUUGCAACUUGAGAUGUUUCUGCUUCGUUUCCGCCUCCAAUUUAUUCAGGACCAGAAGAUUCAAGCCGGUGAAUUUUCCUCAACGUUUUUGGGCUUGGGCUGAGCCCGGCUCCACGCUUCCGCUAAGUCGUGGUGGCCUUAGGAUGAUGGAGGCCCAGUAAGGUUGAUGGAGGAGGACAUAAUAAUAAUCAAACGACCCUCUCGCUUCGCCCUCGCGCUGCUUAUCCACUCGCGCUCGCGGAGCAAGCGGUCACCAGCUUGGCCACGCGCUCCUCCGCUCGUCGGCCCCGAAACCUCUCCAAAACCCUGCGGCCGUGGCUCCCAGCGCCAUGCGCGCCUCCUCCGCCUCCGCUUCCAGAGAUGCCGCUGCUGCCCACUAAGCCCGCACCCGCACUCAAUCCGUUCCUCCUCCCACUCGCCUCCCUUGCCUUGCCGCGCGCCCUCCCGCCCAUCCGCCUCCACGCAAAGAAGCGCCUACGCGGUCUCAGCUCGGCCGCCGUCUCGGCUGCGGCGUCCACCUCCUCUUCCGCGGACCCGAGCACGGAGCUGCGAGCGCUCUGCUCCCAUGGCCAGCUCGCGCAGGCGCUCUGGCUCCUCGAGUCCUCGGCGGAGCCGCCCGACGAGGACGCCUACGUCGCGCUGUUCCGCCUCUGCGAGUGGCGCCGCGCAGUGGAACCGGGGCUGCGCGCGUGCGCGCACGCAGACGACCGGCACGCCUGGUUCGGUCUCCGCCUCGGGAACGCCAUGCUCAGCAUGCUCGUCAGGUUCGGGGAGACGUGGCACGCGUGGAGGGUGUUUGCCAAAAUGCCUGAACGGGAUGUCUUCUCCUGGAACGUCAUGGUGGGCGGGUACGGGAAGUCCGGUUUGCUGGAUGAGGCGCUGGACCUGUACCACAGGAUGAUGUGGGCAGGUGUGAGACCGGACGUGUACACGUUCCCCUGUGUUCUGCGGAGCUGUGGGGGCGUCCCAGACUGGAGGAUGGGGAGGGAGGUGCAUGCACAUGUUCUUCGGUUUGGGUUUGGGGAGGAGGUCGAUGUCCUGAAUGCACUCAUGACCAUGUACGCCAAAUGUGGGGACGUUAUGGCUGCACGGAAGGUGUUUGACAGUAUGACCGUCAUGGAUUGUAUCUCAUGGAAUGCGAUGAUUGCUGGGCAUUUUGAGAAUGGUGAAUGCAAUGCAGGGUUGGAGUUGUUUCUUACCAUGCUACAUGAUGAGGUUCAGCCUAACCUCAUGACAAUAACUAGUGUUACUGUUGCAUCAGGCUUGUUAUCUGACGUAACCUUUGCAAAGGAAAUGCAUGGACUUGCAGUGAAGAGGGGUUUUGCCGGUGAUGUUGCAUUCUGUAACUCUUUGAUUCAGAUGUAUGCGAGUCUUGGUAUGAUGAGGCAAGCAAGAACAGUGUUCUCAAGAAUGGAUACUAGAGAUGCCAUGACAUGGACAGCUAUGAUAUCUGGGUAUGAGAAAAACGGCUUCCCAGAUAAAGCUCUUGAAGUGUAUGCACUUAUGGAAGUGAACAAUGUAAGUCCUGAUGAUAUUACUAUUGCAAGUGCCCUUGCUGCUUGUGCUUGCUUGGGGAGUUUGGAUGUUGGUGUCAAGUUGCACGAACUUGCUGAGAGCAAGGGAUUCAUAAGCUACAUCGUAGUUACAAAUGCAAUCCUUGAAAUGUAUGCAAAGUCCAAGCGUAUUGAUAAGGCUAUUGAAGUUUUUAAGUGCAUGCAUGAGAAGGACGUAGUGUCAUGGAGUUCAAUGAUCGCAGGAUUUUGCUUCAACCAUAGGAACUUUGAGGCUCUUUACUAUUUCAGGCAUAUGCUUGCAGAUGUUAAGCCCAAUUCUGUCACUUUUAUUGCUGCGCUUGCUGCUUGUGCUGCUACUGGGGCUUUGAGGAGUGGUAAGGAGAUCCAUGCACAUGUUUUAAGGUGUGGUAUUGAAUAUGAAGGUUAUUUGCCCAAUGCCCUUAUCGACUUGUAUGUAAAAUGUGGCCAGACAGGCUAUGCUUGGGCACAGUUCUGUGCACAUGGUGCAAAGGAUGUUGUGUCGUGGAAUAUCAUGAUUGCAGGUUUUGUUGCUCAUGGUCAUGGGGAUACCGCUUUAUCGUUCUUCAAUCAAAUGGUGAAAAUAGGAGAAUGCCCAGAUGAAGUUACAUUUGUCGCUCUGCUAUGUGCUUGUAGUAGGGGUGGAAUGGUCAGCGAAGGUUGGGAGCUUUUCCACAGCAUGACUGAGAAAUACUCUAUCGUUCCAAAUCUCAAGCACUAUGCAUGCAUGGUGGAUCUUCUAAGUCGUGCUGGGCAGCUGACAGAAGCUUACAACUUCAUAAAUGAAAUGCCUAUCACACCAGAUGCUGCUGUUUGGGGAGCCUUGCUAAAUGGAUGCCGAAUACACCGGCAUGUUGAACUUGGGGAGCUUGCUGCAAAAUAUGUCCUUGCAUUGGAGCCUAAUGAUGCCGGAUAUCAUGUCCUAUUGUGUGAUCUGUAUGCUGAUGCUUGUUUAUGGGAUAAAUUGGCUAGGGUGAGGAAAACCAUGCGGGAGAAAGGACUGGAUCAUGAUUCUGGAUGUAGCUGGGUUGAGGUUAAAGGAGUGGUCCAUGCAUUUCUUACAGAUGAUGAGUCGCAUCCACAAAUCAGAGAAAUAAAUACUGUUCUUGAAGGAAUAUAUGAGCGGAUGAAAGCAUCUGGUUAUGCUCCUGUUGAAUCUCAUUGUCCUGAAGAUGAAGUAUUGAAGGAUGACAUCUUUUGUGGUCAUAGCGAAAGACUUGCUGUUGCUUUUGGUUUGAUCAAUACCACACCUGGCACCUCAAUUUCUGUCACCAAAAACCAAUACACAUGUCAGAGUUGUCACAGGAUAUUGAAGAUGAUUUCUAAUAUAGUACGAAGAGAUAUAAUUGUUAGGGACAGUAAGCAACUCCACCAUUUUAAGGAUGGAAGUUGUUCGUGUGGAGAUGAAGGUUUUGGAUGAAGUUCUUGCAGAGGGGAGGCAAGCUUAAUUAUGUUGCAUAUACGGAUAUACCCUUGUGCUAUUAUUCAUCUUGUACACGUUCAUCCUGUCAAUACAAUGCCAUGGCGAUACAAUGCUGUCAAUACUAAGCAGAACACAUUGCGUUCUGUAUAGCAGUUUGUGCAGAUACUCAACCUGUUACAUGGCAGUAGGGAAAGUUAUACUCAAGUAAUGGGACCUAAGAUUCUCACACAUGUCAUGAAAGUCUCUUUAAGAAUUGAUUCUUGGAGCUGAUCUUUGCUUGCAACAACUUGCCAAAAAAGAAACAACCAAGUAAGCUUGAGCUAUACAGGAUAGUCUAGUUGGUGUCUAAUGUUGUGUUGAAUAGGCUUUAUUUAGUCUUAAUGUUACAGUAGUGCGCAUCAACUAUUUUGAGAUCGACUCCGAAAUGAUUCAUAUGUUGAGAUCGGAGCUGAUCUCUUCUUGUAUGGCCAUAAACCUAACACAACAGGACUAAUUGGGCUGCACCAAGAAGUUUGCUAUAGGUAAAGGAAAAGUGUCUCAUUUGAAGUUUGGUAUGUUGAGCAGCUUCGGAGGAACUGGUCCAGAAAACAUAUUAUUCUCGACAUUUCUGUUUAGAGGUACAUAAAGUAUUAGAAAGAGCCAAAGAGUCACGAAUAUUGUAUGCAUGACAGAACAUUUAUGACAAUAAAUUAUUUGAGGUGUGAAUUUAACAUCAUUUGGAUUUAUACUAAAUAAAAUUAUAUGCCCCA